CUGCCUGGCUCUACACUGGGAUCUUUCCAGCGCGUCCGCAGUGACUCAUUGAGACAUCGUGUCAUCGGUGGCGAUAAUACCGCAUCUCUCGUCUGUCUCACCUCGCGCGCACACACGCACACACGGGAGGCAGAGUCGGACCGUGAACGCAACAUCGCACCCGCGCUUUUCUCCUUUCGGAUAUGACCAGCAGCGACCUAUCGGACGUGGAUAUAAAUGCACGCGUGUCUGGACCUGCCGACGGGACUUAAGACGACUGAGGCUUUCAGCGGGCUGGACCUAAGGCAUCUGUGUCCUACAUCUUUUCCUGUUCUGGAUGUUCAGACGUGAUCUUCAACAACCAACAUUCUCAGGAUGGGAAAUUCUGAGGAAAUCAUGUUAAUCUGCCAAGACAUUAUCUCACAGUUUUCAGCUUGAGGAAGAGAAACAAGCAAAGUGCGGUGGAACUUUGACCAUGACGGACCGGGCUCAAUACAGCAGGAGCAUGUUAACUCGCAGCGGCCCUUCAUGGAUGUAUCCCAACAUGGCUUUUUUGUUGCUCUGGAUGGUGCUCAUGUCCAUCUGUGUGGUCAGAACCCAAGGUCAGCAGUACCCUGUAGUCACCACCAACUAUGGAAAGUUGCGAGGUGUGAAAGUCACAUUACCCAAUGAGAUCCUGGGACCAGUGGAACAGUAUUUAGGGAUUCCAUAUGCAUUGGCCCCAACAGGGGAACGAAGGUUUCAGCCACCGGAGCCGCCCAUGUCCUGGCCAGGCAUUAGGAAUGCUACUCAGUUUGCUCCAGUUUGCCCUCAGUUUUUGGAAGAUCGCUUCUUACACAACGAUAUGCUUCCUGUGUGGUUCACAGCCAACCUGGAUACAGUGGUAACUUACGUGCAAGAGCAGAGCGAGGACUGCCUACACCUAAACAUCUUUGUCCCUACCGAGAAUGAUAUCCACGACGAGAAUGGCUUAAAGCCGGUCAUGGUUUACAUUCACGGCGGAUCCUUCAUGGAAGGAACCGGGAACAUGAUCGAUGGCAGCAUCCUGUCGAGCUACGGCAACGUCAUCGUCAUCACAAUCAACUACCGUCUCGGGGUUCUGGGGUUUCUGAGCACUGGAGACCAGGCGGCCAAAGGCAACUACGGACUGCUGGAUCAAAUCCAGGCUCUCAGGUGGAUCAAGGAAAACAUCCAGGCCUUCAAAGGAGACCCAAAGCGAGUUACCAUUUUCGGCUCUGGUGCUGGGGCCUCAUGUGUCAGCCUGCUGACCCUCUCGCAUUACUCUGAAGAUAUGUUCCAGAAAGCCAUCAUUGAGAGCGGCACUGCACUCUCCAGCUGGGCAGUCAACUACCAGCCUGCUAAGUACACCCGAGCCCUGGCAGAGAAAGUGGGCUGCAACAUGCUGGACACCAUCGACCUGGUUCAGUGCCUGCAGAACAAGAACUUCAAGGAGUUGAUUGAGCAGUACGUGACGCCAGCAAAGUACCACAUUGCCUUUGGCCCUGUGAUUGACGGCGAUGUGAUCCCUGACGACCCCCAGAUCCUCAUGGAGCAAGGCGAGUUCCUCAACUAUGACAUUAUGCUGGGCGUCAAUCAAGGCGAGGGAUUCAAGUUUGUCGACGGCAUAGUGGACAGCGAAGAUGGGGUCUCUGCCAAUGAUUUUGACUUUGCUGUGUCAGACUUUGUGGACCACUUGUAUGGCUACCCUGAGGACAAGGACACUCUGCGUGAGACAAUCAAGUUCAUGUACACUGACUGGGCAGACAAAGAGAAUCCAGAAACACGGCGUAAGACCCUUGUAGCACUUUUCACAGACCACCAGUGGGUGGCACCAGCAGUGGCUACAGCUGACCUCCAUGCCCAAUAUGGCUCCCCCACUUACUUUUAUGCUUUUUACCACCACUGUCAGAGCGACAUGAAGCCCAGCUGGGCUGACUCAGCCCAUGGCGAUGAAGUACCCUAUGUGUUCGGGAUUCCAAUGAUUGGCCCAACAGAGCUCUUCAACUGUAACUUCUCCAAGAAUGACGUGAUGCUAAGUGCUGUUGUCAUGACCUACUGGACUAACUUUGCCAAAACAGGUGACCCCAAUCAGCCAGUCCCACAGGAUACAAAGUUCAUUCACACAAAGCCCAACAGAUUUGAGGAGGUAGCCUGGACAAAGUACAACCCCAAAGACCAGCUCUACCUUCAUAUUGGUCUCAAACCUCGAGUCCGAGACCACUACCGUGCAACCAAGGUUGCUUUUUGGCUGGAACUGGUGCCGCAUCUGCACAACAUAAAUGAAUUUUUCCAGUACGUAUCAACUACCACUAAAAUACCGCCGCAAGACACAACACCGUACCCUUACACCAAGCGAUUCCCAAACAAAAACAACUGGCCCUCCACUACUCGCCAUCCGGGUUUGCCGUCCUCUAACACUAAGCACACCACAGACCGGCAGAAAAGUGGCGACUUCACCGAGGAAGCCACCGUGGUGAUUGAGACCAAGCGAGACUACUCCACCGAGUUAAGCGUCACCAUUGCUGUGGGAGCCUCCCUCCUGUUCUUGAACAUCCUGGCCUUUGCAGCAUUGUACUACAAAAAAGACAAGCGACGGGCCGACUCAACCCGCCACGUUCUCACCCCGCAGCACAAUUCAACACCUGCCAACGCGCCCCCUGCCACCAACGACAUGGCCCACCUGCAGAGUGAGGAGUUGAUGUCGCUGCAGAUGAAGCAGAUGGAGCAUGAGCACCACCGCGAGUGUGAGUCGAUUCAGGCACACGACGCUCUACGUCUCGCCUGCCCUCCUGACUACACGCUCACACUGCGCCGCUCACCGGACGACGUACCGCUGAUGACACCCAGCACCAUCACCAUGAUCCCAAACUCAUUGGCUGGCAUGCAGCCUCUGCACAACUUCAACACUUUUGGAGGCAGUCAGAACAGUACCAACCUUCCCCAUGGCCACUCUACAACGCGGGUAUAGCUCUGCCGGGAUUGGACCGGACCAGAUUCCCACUUGAAGCAAGAACCGGUAAAACAAAGUCAAAUGAAAGAAAUGGACAACGUGAAGCACAGACUCCAAAGUUCAAACAGAUGUUAUUUUGCUAUGCUGCCUUCUUGACAAAGUAUACAUGGUAUAAAUUGAUGUCUUUUUAACAUAAAAUAACAAAUGUGAAUGUUACUAUAAUAACUAUGUGGAGCUAAGCUUCAUUAAGUUUUUUUUAGAGUUUUACCAAAAUAAGAACCCAAGUAGUGACUGUUGCGAUGCAUUUUAAUACUAAACAAAACUAUUGCAUUGCAACAAGGACAUAAAAAGACAACCUCUGUAAUAUUCUAUUCAUUAUUAAAAAUGGAUCCAACUCUUAACUACAGGGGUGUCCAAACUUUUUCCACCAAGGGGCCACAUACUAAUAAUACAAAGGAUGCGAGGCAUCCACCCAUCUUCUUCCGCUUAUCCAAAGUCGGUUCACGGGGGAAGUAGCCUCAGCAGAGAAGUCCAGACUUCCCUUACUGGUUGGGCAAACUCCAUGCAUCCUCAAUGAUCGUGCCAAGAGUAUAGUUUGUCCACAAUUCCACGACCAUGACGAAAACCAACCGGAACACACCCUUCAGUUACCCUUUUUAAAUAGAGGAACCACCACCCCUGUCUGCCAAUCCAGAGGCACCGCCACCGAUGUCCACGCAAUGCUGCAGAGUCAUGUCAACCAUGACAGCUUUAAAGCAUCCAGAGCCUUAAGGAAAUCGCUUGGCCUGUCGGUACAUGUCCGCUGCCUCUGAAGUCCCAUGAGCUAAAAGGACCCGAUAGGACCUCUUCAGCUUGACUGGUUUACCGCCACGGGAGGCACCGACCACCUUGCGACCGCAGCUCCGAUCAGCUGCCUUGACAAUAGAGGCACACAACAUGGUCCACUCGGACUCAAUGUCCAGAGCCUCCCUUGUAACAUGUUCGAAGUUCUCCCAGAUGUGGGAAUUGAUACUCUCACUGACGGGAGACUCUGCCAGACGUUCUCAGCAGUGGAUAUUUUCCAACUGUUAAAAAUACUAAAAACAAUCAAUAAUGUUAAUUAUAUAUAAUCAAAAAAGCCUGCAUGUCAGCUUUGUGUUAAUAUCCAUGAUAUUUUCUUACUUUAAAAAUGUGACUCAGGCCAAUAGAAAUUGAGCUGUGGGCAGCAGAUGGCACCGUUUGGACACCCCUGCUUUACUGAGUGACAGAACAUGAAUUUACAAAAACAAAUAACAGAAAAAAUGUGGCAAUCAAAGAAGGGGGAAAAAAUCAUAAAAAAAUAAUUUAAAGAAUUCUCCUGUUGCUGUUUUAUUUCGCCUGUUUGGUUCUGCGCUUUCUAUUGAGGUGUAAAUAUUGUAUACUGUAUGUAUUUGUCAUUAUUUUCCCCAUGAUUCAGUCCUAUUUUUUUGCAGUAGAACCAAAACAAUUCAAGCCUUUGGAAGUUCAAGAGGACAAGCGUAAGCAUUGUUUUAAAGUUUGUAAGAUUAUUCCGAGGUGACAAAGAAUUUUAAUCUUCAUUCCAGACUUGUUUGAUGGCCCACCAUGUGAUCUGAUCACGUUUGCUGGUUUUACUUCCAAAAAUGUUCUUUGUGAUCUUUUUGUAAUCGUACCUUUGUUCUUUCCAUCCCACUCUGCUCUUUUACCUACAAUGUGCUCAGAAAUGCAUUAUUACAGACUUUUUUUAAAGGCAGUACUACUAUUAGUUGUAAAGGAAUAUUUGUUGAUAUACAGUAUUUCAAGUUCCACUCAUAUGCUAGCAAUAUGUAAAAUAAUAUGUUGGCUUGUAAUAUAUUUUGGGUGACAAAGCAAGUGAAUGAAUGUAAAUAUUAUUAUUUAUUCCUGUAAAACAAAAGCAAAAUAAACUGCUAAUUCUGAUUAUGAUACAAAUGGGAUAAAAUAUUUGCUCAGUUAAUUUCUAUUUAAAAAAAUUUGAAAAGAUUUUUGACAACCUUUGGAAAUGGUUAGUUUAACAUAUUUGAUUGCUGUUUUGCCUUAAGUGAUACAAUAGAUAUUUCUGGCUGAACAACUGUAUAAAGUUUUUCUGCAAUGUUUUUUUAAUAAAAUAUCAAAGUAUUUUCUAUA